CCAUUAGAAUGUUUUGAGUGGGAGAGUAAUAACUUACAGUACUGUGUGUGUGUGUGAGAUUGGUUUCGGCGAUGGUGCCAACCAACAAACAACAUAACCACAGAAAAACAAAAGACACAAAAGGGGCAAUUGCUCAGAACUCAAAAAAAAAAGAAGCUCAAUUAAUCACUUUCUCUCUCUCUGCAACAAGAAAGAAAGAAAGACUUAAAUUAGAAGUGGGCGUGGCGGCGUUUGCAGUUCUACUAGUACCUCUGUACAACCGUGCUGCUUUUCUUUAUUAAUUGCUUCUUUCUUGUCUAGCUACAAACACUAACGAGUUCAAUGCGUGAUUUAUCACUGUUCCUCAACCAACAAACCAAUCCUUCAAUUCUACCCUAACACUUAGUUAAUGCAAUACACAGACACAGACAUACGAGUAACUAUUAUUUACACUUGUACACAUGUAUAUGUAUAGAGAGAGAGAGUUCUAUUUACUAGUAAGUAAUUGAGGUGGAUUUGGGGUUAAAUUUGAUUGGUUGUUAUUUAUUUUUUUGUCACUAUACAAUAAAAACAACUCGGAUCGAGGUUUUCUUGAUAUGGAUUUUUGUUCAGGUUUAGCAGUAGUGUUACAAUUACAACAAUGGCAGGUUUAUUUUCAUUAGGAAGAAGCGAAGAACAAAAUCAACAGAAUAACAAUAACAAUAAUCCAGUAACAGAAUUCUGGUAUAAUAAUAACAAAAAUAAUCAAGAUUCAGUUUCUGCAUACCGUGGUGGUUUUGAGAUUUGGAACGAACAGCCACCUCAGCAUCAACAACAGUUUUUUCCUCCACAGCAAGAUCUUUACGCCGCCGCCUCUGCUGGUGUUGUGUUAGGAGUUGGGUCAAGUAGGGUUUGUUCUUCAGAUGAGAAUAGAUCUGCGGUUUUUGUGGCGUCAGGAAGUGGUGGAGGAGGAAUAAGUUGUCAAGAUUGUGGGAAUCAAGCUAAGAAAGAUUGUCCUCAUAUUAGAUGUAGGACUUGUUGCAAGAGUAGAGGUUUUGAUUGUCAAACUCAUGUUAAAAGUACUUGGGUUCCGGCGGCGAGACGCCGCGAACGACAGCAACAACAACCACAACAACAACCACAUGGAGAUGGAGAAAGAGAUCUUAAUAAUUCUUCUUUAGCUUGCACUCGUUUACCUAUAAACCCUUCACUCACUGUCUCUGCAACAGGGUUACUGGAUGAGGUGAAUUUUCCGGCAGUGGUGAGUACUCCGGCAGAAUUCAGGUGUGUUCGAGUUUGUUCGGUUGAUGAGUCUGAAGAAGAGUAUGCAUAUUCAACUGCUGUGAACAUUGGAGGACAUGUUUUCAGAGGAAUUUUGUAUGAUUAUGGUCCAGAUCAUGGGAGUAGUAGUUAUAACAUGCCUGCCGGAAAUGCCUCGUCUAGUCGUGGUGGUGGAGUGCCGGUUCAGCCGUUAGAGCUUAUAUCUGGUGUCCCCGCUGGUGUUGGUGUUGGGGCAAUUGUUGAUCCUUCUUCUUUGUAUCCAGCUCCACUUAACACCUUCAUGCCUCCUAGUGGUACGCAAUUCUUCCCCCACCCAAGAUCAUCUUGAACAAACUAUUCAUCAAAGGACAAAUAAUUCAGGAAAAAAAAUCAAAAACAUAUUUUUAUUUUAUUGUAUUUUACUGUUUUAUGAUUUUAGUGUAGCCCCUUUAAUUAUUAUUAUUAUUAUUAUUAUUAAUAUU